AUGUUCAAAAAGCCAGAAUACAACCUUUCAAAUAAACCAAAGCCAAGGAGAAGAGGACGCUUUGAGCUAUCGGAAGAGCAAAAGCAAGAAAUAAAAGAAGCUUUUGAUCUCUUUGACACUGAUAAAACUGGUAGCAUUGACUAUCAUGAACUUAAAGUAGCAAUGCGCGCUCUGGGCUUCGAUGUUAAAAAGCUUGAAGUUAUUGAUCUAAUGAGGCAAUAUGAUAAAGAGAAUUCUGGCAGAAUUGACUAUCAGGAUUUCUUAGAUAUCAUGACCCAGAAGAUUGGUGAUAGAGAUCCUAUUUCCCCCCCGAACAAAAAAAUUUUGUCGCUGACGGAGGGGGGUUCAUUGUUUUUUAAAAAAAUUUAAAAAAAUCCUAAUUUGCAAAAAUUGGGAAGCAAAUAUUAAUUUAAUUUAUAAAAAUUUAGAUUUUAAAACGCAAUUUUGUUUACAAUUAAACAGAAUUUGAUCGAAAUUUCGUUAUACUAAUUAUCACUUAUAUAUUAAUUUCUUUUCAUAAAAAAAAUUAUUCUAUUAAAAACAUUUUUGUUCACUCAAGGGGGGUGGGCGUUUGGGCAAAACAUAGGGAUUUUUCCAAUGGUUUUGUUCACUCACGGAGCGGGGGAGUAAAGAAGAAGUUUUGAAAGCAUUUCGAUUAUUUGACGACGAUGGAACUGGAUACAUAACACUCAAAAACUUAAGAAGAGUUGCAAGAGAACUGGGAGAGCAUCUAUCUGAUGAAGAAUUGAAAGCGAUGAUUGAUGAAUUCGAUAAGGAUAGUGAUGGGCAAAUCAGCCAAGAAGAAUUUUUCAAUAUUAUGAAGCCAAAUAUAUUUUAA